AUGAACUCACUAGUAUCCGGACCUUGUUUUCCGUUCGAGUUUUUGCAUGCUGAAAUAAUACGCUAUGAAAAACAACGGGAGAUAAAGCGGACUGACAAACGAAAAAUCUGGAUUGAACAAAUGCGCAGCAAUCCGCAAAUGGAAAUCUCAUUAUUAGAUGAACAAUUGAAAUCCGUGAAACAACUCUUCAUUCAGGGUAAUGCUGAGACACGCCUGGAAGCUCUCGGUUACCGUGUUGGUUUCGUGCUUGUUGAAAAAAUUGCUAAAGACUUACCGAGAUUAAUCACUGAAUUGGAAAGGAUGAAAUUCCUUUGUAAAGAAUUUUGGACUGCUGUAUUUGGCAGACAGGUUGACAAUUUACGUACUAAUCACCAGGGAAUUUAUGUUGUACAGGAUAACAAAUUUUUCAUCCUAACAAGUUUUCCGGAAGGAAAACAAUAUGUGGAAGAAUCUGCUAUCUAUUUAGCCUUUUCAUGUGGUAUCGUAAGGGGUGCACUGUACAACCUCGGUAUCACAUCUUUAGUUACAUCAUCAGUGGAAAAUGUGCCAGCUGUGAAAUUUCAUGUACAUAUGCAACAGAAGAGUUGA